AUGAAUAUAUCAUCGGAAACAAUCACCUAUCCAAUAGAUCAUCAUCAUCAUCAUAAUCAUAUAUUAAAUGGUACUCAUUCAACUAUGUAUACUAAUGCUUCACCAAUUGCUGUUAAUAAUAAAAUAAAAGCUAUUCAAGCAAGAAAAUCUCGUAUUACUCUUCAAUCUUAUUAUGAUUUUACUGAUAUUCAACCAUUAAAUCUUAGUAAUACUGGUGGUACAACAAAUUCUUCAAAUCUUUUUCGACAAAAAUUACUUGAACGUAGUAAAGAUUUACAUUUUAAUCAUAUAUCUACGCAUCGUAAUUCUCGUCCAUCUAUUUUAUCUUCGAUAUCAACUACAAAUCAUCAUUCAUUAAUUUGGCCAAGUUAUAAUACAUCAAAUGGAUUCAUUAAACAACUUCAAACAAAUUCACCAACAAUGUCAUCAACUACUAUUGGAUUACCGAUAAAUAAAUCAUCGAAUAAUAAUAAUAAUAAUAAUAAUAAUAAUAUGCCUGAUAUUUAUCAACGUUCAAAUCGUACACAAACAAUAACAUAUCAACCUUUGACUGAACAACAAAAUUCUUCUAUAUUUAUUGAACCACGACAUAGAUCUUUACCAAAAAUGAAAUCAUCUAUACCAAAAACAUUUUAUCGAAGAGCUUCAAAAGAUAAAUCUUCAUUUCCAAUAUCACAUAAUCAACCAUUAAAAAUAUUACAUAAAGAUUAUUCGAAACAAUCAAAAAAUAAUACUAAUGCAAAUAUUAUUCAUUUAUAUGAAAGUGAAGAAGAUAAUGAAAAUAUGCCAAUUGUAGAUGAAGAAUUUGAAGAAUAUCUUCAAACAUCAACUAUUAAAUGUGCCAAUUGGCUUAUUAAAUAUGUUUUUGAUAAAGAAUUUGAUGACAAUAAUGAAUAG